UAUAUCGCGGAAACAAAUUAUAUAUUUUUCUCAUUGUUUUACAAAAAAUUCUUUAAUAAAAUGUUAAGCGCUCGCAAGGACAAAAAGUUUCUAUUUGAGUUUAUGCAUAAUAGAGAUGUGCCAGCUUGGUAUCGUGGCACUUCGCCAUUUCAAACAGAAGCUGCCGAUGAGCUUGCCAACUCGAUACGUGACGAUGUCGCCCAGGAAACGUCUCAUCGCGUACAUAAUUGCCUAAGUCGACUGGGCUUAAUACCAGCUGUACGCGAUAAGGAUCUGAAAAUGCUUAUGAAAUUGAGCGGCGGCAAUGAUUUGGCUUUUUUAUGGUUUCUGAUGGAGUUGUAUUAUAAAAAACCUGGUGAUGAAUAUAGUAGUCUAAAUGAACAACUAAUACUUACAUCUAUAGCACAUCUUGAUAUGAUUACAACAUUGCGGGAAUUGGAUAAUAUUUUACCGCCAGGCCACCAAUCCAAACGACAAUUGGAGAAACGUCGGAAGCAAAAGUUAAGAGAUAAAAGUUGGCUAAGCCCACCACAUAAGCUAGUAAAAAAGCAUUCAUCACCGUAUUUUAACAAGCUAGAACGACCCGUACAAUACGGUAAACCACUCGAAGUAGAACGACCUGAUUUUAAGGUUAAAUUCUUUCGCUAUGAAGUCUAUAAGGAUCCAAAUUAUGUGCCACCAAAUGAAGAAAAUCGUUGGUAUGCCAAACAUAGUUUCAAUAGAGCCAAACGUAUUUCAAAUAAAACGAUACGUGAUGUUCUCAAUAAUCUUUCGGAUAAUUUAGAAUUAAUACCGAUUAUAUCUAACAGAGCUAUUGAGGUCAUUGAUUAUGCAUUAAGUGGACUACAUGAAGUUAAAGGCAAAGUAUUGUGUAAGAAACAUCAAAUUGAAGAGGAGGAGGCGAAACUACGGCGUACAGAAUUCAUGUUAAAAAAACGGGAAAAGUGUUUUGCAAGCCUUGAAUUGUUUCAAAAGAAAAAACAGGAACGUCUUGAAAGAAUACAAAAAAUGCUGGAAACCGAAGUCGAAAUGUAUCGUCUGCACUAUCAUAAAAAAUUGCAAUCGCACAAAGAUGAACAUAGCUAUAUACGAGUACUCGGCAAAGAGGGUUAUUGUGAGCAUUUAAUUCAGGAUGAUCAGGAAGAAAAUUGUAACGAUAUUGGACCAUGUCCGAAAACACCUUCUCUAUUAUCGAUGGCGGCUAGUCGUACCUCCAGAUAUACUCAACUAUCAGAUAGCAAAUUAAACGGUUUGAGUAAAGUUGAAUCGUUAUUGAUGAACAGAGGUCAUCGUUUAUCAUUUGGGCAAAGAGAAUCUGAACUACAACAAUUUCAUAACAUAAGUCCAACACCUCCGUCAUCGGAACGUUAUUUUGUGGGUCCAACCAAAAAUCAACCAUAUCAUUUUAGUUAUACGAAAAUAUUUCGCUACAAAGACGAGAAUGAUAAAAGAAUAUUUAUUAAAGAUAAAUGUGUGGAAGCCAUGGAAACGAAAGAGCAAUGUGUCCCGAAGUUAGACGAUCUAACACCUGACUUGGCGAAAUUGGCAAAGAAUAAUGCAGAUCAAACGUGGAAUGAAAAUCAAAAGGAAUGGCGUAAAGCGAAUGAAAAUAAUUACUUAGAGGAAUCAAUACAUUUAGAUCCGUAUCCGCCGGAUAUGCCACGUUUACCAUUCUACGAUUGUGAGGAUAAGACACUAAUGAAUGACAUGUUACGCAUUGCAAUAGAUGAGAUGAGAAAAAAUCCAAAAUUUGUACUAGCCUCAUUGCCAGAUGCCCACAAAUUGCCGAUGCUUCGUGAAUGGAUCUAUCAGCGCUAUGGGAAGCGAUAUACGCAUGCACAGCGCAUUAAGGAAUUAAAUGAGUCAAUAAAAAUAAUAAAUGUAUUACAGAAAAUGAAAUUACGCACAAUGCUUCCGAAACCAUAUGAAAUCGGCACAAAAUUCUUGCAAAGCUAUAAAUGUCAUAAAUAUAUCGUGAAAAAGGUGGGCAUAGCACGCCGACAAUUCUAUGAUCGUGUCAAUUCGGAUCUAUUGAAGCGAGCUCGCUACUUCUGGUUUGCGAUGCGUAUUCCGCUAUGUGCCUUACCAACACGUGCUACAUUUUUUGCUUAUUUACCAGCAAGAAGAGUUGAUAACUAUCUGUUUAAGCCCUGGAAACUAGCCGAACGUAUGGACGCUAAGGCCGAAUGGGAUAAAAAGCGUUUCAUGGAGAAAGCGGAAAAAUAAAUUUAUGUAGAAAUAAUAUUAAUUAU